GAGCUGUGGCAAGGAUGCGCGCUCACGGACACCGGGCUCCAAGCGUAUUCCGACAUGAUAGCCAACGUGACGAAGGAGGAUGACAAGCUGGUUGCCGUCGCUGAAUUCUUCAGCAACGGAGCACACUGGACCGACAUGCUCGCGCAGAGAACGGCAGAUG